AUGUUGCUCAUCGCCGUCUCCCUGAUGGCAAUCGUCUGCUGCGGCAUCGCCGCUGGCACGCCGGAUCCUCAGUAUCAGAAACCCACCAGCAGAUUCGCCCUGUGGGGGUCUGCCCCGAGCAAUCACUGCGGCACCAGUUCCUUCACCUACUUUGGACCCAACGACAGGCUGGUCCCCGUUGCAGACUGCAACAACAUGCUGCUGGACCUGUGGAAGGACUACCACUUCACGUACGAGCUCUCCAACUGGGAGAACUCGACGGCGCUGGCGGACCACUUCUUCGUGCUGGCGGCCAACGGCGACUGCGAGUUCGCGCUGAAGAGGCUAGACGGCCUUAACAAUGUCAUGCUGCUUGGAGAUCAGGACAUAAGGGAUGUUGUGAAUAGCUCGAUCGCCAGCUCGGCCGACGGUGCGUUCUUCGGGACCGUCGAGGGACAGAUGAACUGCAACACGGAUCCUGGAAACGGUGGCGAGGUCAACUUUGAGUGGACGCUGCGGACGCCUGGCAGUAUUAAUUACAAAUGCCAGUCAGGAUGCGCCAUAGUCUAA